CCAUGAAGCUGGUGACAAGCAGAAAACAUGUUGAACUAUUUAGAGGUAAAACGCAUGGUUACUGUUGGUAGGGAGGAGUGAGGGGAGAUAUCUGGCAACCUGCUGGCUCCCCCCCAAGCCUUACCUGGACUUCCUCCCUGUAACGAUGCAAGCCUGAGCAUCGUUAAGCAGGAGUGCUUGGGGUGAAAGGGGAGAGCAGGCUACCACAUGGGAGAGCUAGGGCUAGGGCUAGCCGUCUACAGACAGCAUCUGUGGGAUCGUAUGGGAGGACUGAACCACUACGGAUUGGACCCUGACUGGAGGUGGAUGACCUUUUUCCCACACUGGUGGUUUUUAUUGACACGCAGCAAAGGUCAGCUUCCUCUUCCAGCAGCAGAGCAGUGGCAGCAGGAAUAUCAAUCCAUUGAGAUGGUUCUCCCAGUGUCGGCCGCCCGAACAGCACUGCUGCCCGUGCCGCCUCCUCCUCCUCCUCCGCCUCCUCCUCCUCCUCCUCCUCCUCCUCCUCCGGUCGCCGUGGCGAGGCCAGGGGGGAUGGGCCGUAGGCUGGACCUGUCAGGGCUAACCGACCAGGAGGCCGAGCACGUGCUGAAGGUGGUGCAGCGAGACAUGAGGCUGCGGCAGACGGAAGAGGAGAGGCUGAGUGAGAUGAAGCAGGAUCUGGCCGAGGAAGGCAGCAGAUGCUCCCUCCUCUCCAAGCAGCAGCUCUUCAACCAGCACUGCUGCAUCCGCUGCUGCGCUCCGUUCACCUUCCUGCUCAACCCCCGCCGCCGCUGCCUGGACUGCCAGUACAACGUGUGCAAGGGCUGCCGCACCUACUGCCAGAGGGACGGAGCCUGGCUCUGCUCCGCGUGCCAGAAGGGCAGGGUUCUAAGGACUCGGUCCCUGGAGUGGUACUACAACAACGUUAAGAGCCGCUUCAAGAGCUUCGGCAGCGCCAAGGUCCUGAAGACCCUCUACCGGAAACACAUCGACGAGAGAGGAUCCCUCUCCCUCUCUGAUCUCCGAGAAAGCAGUGUCCAGGAGGGCAGCAAUGACAAUGAUGACAGCGUGUGUGGCAGUGACUCGGCCUUCUACAAGCAGAGUGAAGGACACAGCAUGGCAGACACACUCACAGUGGCGCUGCGCGUUGCAGAGGAAGCUAUAGAGGAAGCAAUUUCCAAGGCAGAGGAGUUUAGCGACAGCUUGGAGAAGCAGAAUGAAGCUCGAUAUCUCCGGGACCACAAAGAGGACCUUAUAGAGGAACUCGCAACAACCAUUGUACACAAAAUCAUCCAGCGACGGAAGCGCUCAGUGAUGCAGAGUGAGUAUGACUUUGUGUGGCCCCAGCCGGCCCCGCCCCCGGCCCCGCCCCUGGCCCCGCCCCCGGCCCCGCCCAGCGAGCUGGCCUCCCCAGCCCUGCCCCCGGCCUCCUCCCAGGGCAGCCAGGAGCCCCUCCCCAACCCCUACUCCCUCUGGCGGUCGCGGUCAGCGUUCUCCCUCACCAGCGACGACUCCCCACAGAAGGGCCCUGAGGACCAGACAGGAGUCGGGGGCUUCCCUGAGUACGCCUCGCUGAAGAGAGAGGCCAAGGCCACCGCUCUGCCCAGCUGGAAGAGCGUGGACCGCCUGGACAACUCCAGCGCCUCCUCGGUCCUCCAGAGCCCGGACGGGAACUGGAUGGCCCUGCAGAGCUCCCAGCUGUCCCGGCCCAGCCUGCUCACCAAGCGCAAGAGCCUGGUGUUCAGCGCCCUGGAGAAGGAGUCGGGCGUGGUCUCGGCCUACGACGAGAUGGGCUCCGAGUCGGGCGGGGGCGACCACAACGACAACAAUGACGACGACGAAGACCACGAUGAUGUUUGGGACGCCAACGGGGACGAGGGGGGCUGGGGUGCGGCGCUGCACCAGUUCCGCCGUAAGCUCUCCGACGAGACGCAAUUCACGGCCUCCCAGCCCGACCCCGAGUGGACCUUCACCCGCCACCCCUCCCAGCCCCCGCUGGCCCCGCCCCCGCUGGCCCCGCCCCCAGCAACCUCCCCGCCGUCAGGGAGGCGGUCCGACUCCGAGACGUUGAACUCGGACCCCGAGGCGCCGGGCUGCGCUCGCCCUGGCGCCAAGCAACCGUCCCCCAAGAAGCACCCCCGCCCGCUGAAGAAGAGGGGCCCGCCCACCAACCACCACCUGGGGGGCCACCAGGAUGGGGGGGGCUACCUCCACCAGGAGGGGGGGGGCUACCUCCACCAGGAGGGGGGGGGCUACCAGCUGCCCCCAGAGGCGCUGGACGUGAACUUUAACCCCAAGGUGAUGGGAGACAGCAGCGGGGCGGAGGAGAGCGCCAGCGACUCCGUUCGAAGGUCACGCAGACGCAGGAAGAGCAAGAGAGAGUCUCCAUCGGAGCAGAGCCGGCCCGGGGGGCCGGGUCACACGCCCACCGUCCACCCACUGAUCCGGGAGAACAGCGGCAUCCUGCUCAGUGCCAUGCUGAAGAGAAGCCUUAGCCAGGACCAGCCCGGCCCCGGGGCCCCGCCCUCACCCCUCUCCCCGCCCGGGCCCCAGGGGGCCCCCGAAGAGGGGUUCUUCAACUCUGAGGCCACAGAGAGAGACCCGGACACGCUGGCCCCUCACCUGACCCCCGGCAGCCUGGGAGCCCGGGAGGGGGGCCCGAGGAGGCCCCAGCUGGGGCCCCAGCUGCAGCCGGGGCCGCAGGCGGCCCGCCGCUCACCCAAUGACACGUGGGGCCCGAGCUCGUCUGAGGACGAAAGAGUCCGGCGGCCCCCCGACCGAGCGACGGACGGAGACGGCGCCGCGCCGGGAGAGCGUGAAGAAGAAGAGAGGGCGAAGCACGGGACCGCGGAGAAGAGGCGGCGACAAACGGCGAGCGACCCCACGCCGGACAGCAGCCGGACCCCGGGACCCGCCCUCGGCCCCGGCCGACGAGAGGGGCCCGCGGCGGCCCGGUCUGCGAAGGAUGUGGGGGGCUCGGGGAGGGGGAAGAGGUCGGGGGAGAACGGAGGGACCAGCAUCCGCUGCGUAGUGAGCGACCAACGCCGCCACCAUCACGAGGACAAGCGGGGGAAGACGGCGGAGAGGCGAGGGGAGCGCAGGCAGAGUCUGAGGCAGCAGAAAAGGGGUGCGGAAAAGAAGGAGGCAGAAGGGCCGGGGCCCAGUGGGGCGAGGGGUUCGCCUGCGGUGACAGCGUGCGCCCUGGAGGGGGUGCUGUUGGGUGGAAAGGAGGGACAGCAUGAUUGGGAGCUGCAGCAGCGGCUUCACUCUCUCACACAGCAACAGCAGCAGUUUUCUGCGGCGUCCCUGUGCAGCAUCACCACAGAGGUGCUGAAGGUCCUGAACGCCACGGAGGAUCUGAUCGGGGAGGCGGGCCGUGUGGACAGCUUCACCACGCCCUCCGAGUCCAUGAGCGCCUCCCCCAUCUCAAGCUGCUCCGACACCAGCCGCCUGGAGAACAGGCUCACCAAGAUGGAGCAGAACGUGUACUUGGCUGCUAGUGCGGUGUACGGCCUGGAGGGGGCGCUGGGGGACCUGGAGGAGUGCGCUCGUAGCAUUAGCAGCGGCACCACGGACACGGAGCUGGCCUUCCUGGAGGACCAGGUGGCCACCGCUGCUGCGCAGGUGCAGCAGUCCGAACUCCAGAUCUCCAACAUCGAGGCCCGGAUAUCGGCUCUGAAGACAGCUGGCCUGAAUGUUACUGCCUGUAAUCGCUUCUCCAAGUAUAAGCCAAAGCCUCAAACCCUGGACUCAUCACGCCAUCAAAGGAGGAAGCUCCCUGCGCCUCCACUGAAAGAAAAGCUGGAUCAGGAGCAGCAGGUGCUUUGGCCCUAGCAGCACCCAUCGGUACAGGGGCCCACAGUGGACGGGGGCCCUCUGGAACCUCUGCCUUGAUCCAGCGUCUGACUCCUCGCUCCAGGGCCCUGAAAGAGGUUUGGGGGGAGGGGGCCACAACCUGUCCAGGGCCAGCUAGUCCACCCAGUCCACUGUGCUCUCUGAAGUCAUCCAGGCAGGACACCCCUUCCCCCGACCCCACAACCCCUCACUGUUUCAUCAGCGUCUCCCUUGUCCCACCUAGCUAAGCACCCCCCCUUCCCCGCCACGCCCUUUGAUUCAGGCUGAGGUUGUGGAGGGGGGCGUCUUUCUGACAGCGACUCUGCCUUAAACUCCACACUCUGCUGGGUGACUUUUCAAACGUGAAAUUACUUGAGUUAGGGCUAACCCUAACCCUAACCCUAACCCAAACUUAGUCGAGUUAGGGCUAACCCUAACCCCAACCCAAACUUAGCUGUACAGGAGAGCAAAAAAACAGCGGCCCACAAAAACUCUCAUUUUUUAUCCGUGUUUCAAGUGUAAAAAAUUAAGUUGUGAGGAAGAAAACAAACCCUAUGUGAUGGCGUACGUGAUGAAGUGAAGUGAGGUCGAAUUAUUUUAUACAGCCUUUUAUUUGAAUGUUUCGUCCACUUAGAUGCCAGGGGCUAUCAGAAGAUCCAUACUGAGCCAUACUGUAUAAAAGGCAUGACUACGUCACUAAAAACGGCUCUGCUAUAAUUCGGAACCUACUAUUAUGUGUUUUUUUACGACUUUGAAGGACAGCGAUACUUGCUGUUAUUCUUUAACUGAAAAAACACAUAUUGAAAUCCAUUGUUGAGAGAUGUCUUUACCGUCAGGGCCAACUCCUAUUUAGACCUCAAACCAACCUAUUACAACUGAUGUGCAGCAAUAAAUAUGGACAGCAAAGCACAUAUCUGGAGGAUGAAUAAUGAUAUUGUGUGAUGGUCCUCUUAAUUGCUUUAUUAAACAAAAUGUAGUGGAUGAUACUGCCCAACACCACAGCCUUACGCGUUGAGAUUUAAAACGUGCUGCACAAGUAAUACACAACGAAUGAUUAAGAAACUGCAACCCCACGAAGACGAGAAUCAACUGUGUAGGAUAAGGCAGUUUUUCCAUUAAUGUGACUUUGGGGCUAUGGUCUGAAAUAAGGUCUAAAAUAAGAAUAAUUAGUAGAGUAGAGGAGAGCUUUUUUCCCUGUGGUAUUCUUUCCAUGAAUGUCAUUUUUUUGAUCCAUCUUUUCCUUUUUUCCACUGUGUUUUCAGUUUGAUUUUGAAACUCUGCUGCCUUUUAUUUGAACGAAGGUUUUCCACCUUUUUGUUUACACCUCUGACUGUUUAUGUUGAAAUUCUUCCUGAAAGAUUUAUACAUAAUAGUGUCUGACGUGCUUUUUAACUAAUGCCAUGAAACCAUGAUUUUGUUACGAGCAACUUAUUUUUCUACUUUUUGGAACGUUUUUAUGCAGUACCAAUGAACCAAGUUAUUUUUAAACUUCUGGCUUUUAUUCUCCUCUUAAAUCCUGGAUCCUGUUUUAUUUUUUUAUUUUUAUGUCUCAGAGUGCUUUCAUUGUAAUACUGCAUUUACCAUUCGCAAGUUUGCUCAUAGUGGUAGUCCAAAAUAAAAACAGUAAGCUAAAGCUUAUUGAUAACUGUUACCAUUUCCAUAAAGUAUCUUCAACUAUUACAAAACAACAAAAAAACAUUACUGCACUCACACUGUGGCCACAUUUAUUAAUUACAUUUCAGUAAAUCAUAUGCAAUAUUGUCAAAUGUUAGGUAUGCUAGGUAAUUGUAGUCUGGGGGAUGAUGCCCUAUUGGAUGAUUUGAAAUGCCCAAGAUGUCGCAAACGUCUCUCUCUUUCUCUCUUCGAAUGCCCUUUCCACCCUUAGCCGGUGGUCUGUCCCCUUUCCUUUGCAACGUAUGCUCCCCAAAGGUGUCAUUAUGUAAAGAAAAGCAUGUAUCUGGUUUUAAAUCGAUGUACAAACUCAUUAGUGAGGACACUCACAGGGGUCCAGUUACAGUAUAAGUGUUCCAUAUUUUUAUAUUGUAAAGGAAAACAAAUAUUUUCUCUCAUCUCGGAAUUUGUUGAUAUAUGUAUAUGUUUGAAAAUAUGGAAAUGAUAUAGGAGGAUAUAUAUAUGUAUAUAUUAUAUACAUAUAUAUAUAAAAAGAAUCGGCCAAUCAUAGUUGCCUAAUCUUUCAGUGUUUGUGUGUGUGCAGGAGAGUGUACAACCGUCAUAACCUCUCCGGUCAGAUUUUGCACUGGAAUCACAAACCAAAUACUAAAUGAGGGUCAGCUAUAGACACUAUUUUAUUUACCCACGCAAUCAAUUCAACAACACAACCCAAAGUGUUUAAAUGUGCGUCUCGGACGGGAACCUGAAUGUCACUAGAGUCAAAAGCAGACAUUGUUUUUCUUCCAUCGUAAUCCGAACUGUGCGGCUACAGAGGCUGAGGUUCACCAUGCCAACCCCAGGAGGGAAUACUGUCAUACAUGUGCCAUUGUUUGUUGCAAUCCAAGAAAAAAUGGAAUAUAAAAUGAAUAAAAUAACAA